AUGUCCCGUACCGUCGACUUCGAUGGCGACCAGGAGAUGGCCGAGCCCGCCGCCGUCGCUGCCCGAGCCAACCGAUCCGAUUUUGACUGGAGAGCACGGCGUCUAGCUAAUCUUUCGGGUGAAGAGCGACACACUGUCGGGGUGGAUAUAGCCACUACAGGUGGAAGAACAUACCUCGAAGAAACCCGUUGGAAAAGACGGGCUCCCUUACCCAAUCCUCUGUUAGAUUUACCGCCGAUUGCCCCCGGUAAUCCAUAUUUCUUUCAUGAGCAAAUGGCCGUGCCUAUAGACAGGCUUGGGCAGCCUGAAAGACAAACACUUCCGCCUUUGAGCUCUCUGGGGUUCAAUUGGAACAGGUGGCAGGCAGAGCAGUUUGUUGACCAACGGAGAAGAGCCAAUGCGUUACCUCCUCCUCAACAACACAUUAUUCCAGAGCAGCUUGAAGACGCUUAUGCUGCUGAUGAUCCUGCGCUUGAUGCCUAUGCACCCCAGCGCUCGACACUACCCAGCGAGUGUGUUGUUUGCUUUGAGGAGCACCAAGCCGGGGAGCUGGUUAUCUUACACUAUUGCCAGUGUGCCUAUUGCCUACCCUGUCUGAACCAGGCCUUCCGAAUAGCCUGCAGGAAUCGAGGAUCUUUCCCUCCUACGUGCCACGGCAUCCCUCUCCGCAUAUCUUCUCUGGGCAGCGUGCUUGAUCAUGAUGUAGUGGCACGCUACAAACAGAUUGAAGCCGAGUUUGGCGCGCAUCGUCCAUUCUACUGCGCUGCGCAAAGGUGCUCGGCGUUCGUUCCAGAAAAGGACCGUUCCGCCGAGCAACAGGUGGCGGUCUGUCCUCAAUGUCACAAAUUGACAUGCACGUCUUGCGAACGGCUCCAGGGCGAUCAUCCUAGUUGGGCUACCGAGGUGGAGGAGCGUGUGUGUCCGGCGCCUGAGGAAGGAGUUACCAAAUUAUAUGAGCUGAGGGACGAACACCAAUGGAGACAGUGUCCUACUUGUGGGAUCAUGGUGGAGAAGACUGAUGGCUGUGACCACAUGAACUGUGUCUGCGGCAUCGAGUUCUGCUACGUUUGUGGCACCCUUUUCGAUGAAAGCAGUCGUUGUGGGUGCGAUGAUGAGGAAUAUUAUACCGACGACGAGGAGGAGGAGGACACUGCCAUUGAUGAACCACUACCUUCCCUGCGAUGGCCUUUUCCUGCGAUUCCUCCUACUAGAGUUCCUCCUAUACCUCUUGAAUGGGUUCUCAUGUCUGUACGAGGGCGACCUUAUAUUUGA